AUCAAACUUAUUCUUAUUCACCAGCCACGUCAUUGUUUAUGCCGACAUUCUGACAAGUUUUUUUCAGAAGCGGCAAAGCCCUCAGUUCUCUACUCGUUGGCAAAUUAGGCGAAAAGUAAUUUUGGUAACGCGUGCGUUCCGUGACGCAGCCGCAGCGAAAGGAAGUAGAACAAUCAAACAGCCAACCGGGCAGCCAAGUAGCCAAGUCGGCGAUUAGAUCAGGAUGAAUAUCUUUCGCUUUGCUGGGGAUCUGUCGCAUGUGUUUGCCAUCAUAAUACUGCUGCUGAAGAUAUGGAAGACCCGCUCGUGCGCCGGAAUAUCGGGCAAGUCGCAGAUUCUGUUCGCCGUGGUCUACCUGACGCGCUACCUGGAUCUGUUCACCACCUACGUGAGCCUGUACAACUCGGUGAUGAAGGUGCUGUUCCUGGCCACGUCCGGUGCCACCGUGUAUUUGAUGUACGUGAAGUUUAAGGCCACCUAUGACCACAAUCACGACUCGUUCCGCAUCGAAUUCCUGCUGGUGCCGUGCGCCCUGCUCUCGCUGGUCAUCAACCAUGAGUUUACCGUGAUGGAAGUGCUGUGGACAUUCUCGAUCUAUUUGGAAUCGGUGGCCAUUCUGCCGCAGCUGUUCCUCGUGAGCAGAACCGGCGAGGCCGAGUCCAUCACCAGCCACUACCUCUUCGCCCUGGGAUCGUACCGUGCACUCUACUUGCUCAACUGGGUCUACCGGUACAUGGUCGAGUCGCACUACGACCUCAUCGCGAUCUUCGCCGGAGUUGUCCAGACCGUUUUGUACUGCGACUUCUUCUACUUAUACAUUACCAAAGUUCUUAAGGGCAAGAAGCUCCAGCUGCCGGCAUAAGCGGAUGGAUAAGUGCAUAGAUGUGGGGCAUUUGUGUUUUGUCGGCACACAUCAUCAAUCGACGUCAGAGUAAACAAGCGAGCGAUCCACGGCCCGUUUGACAACGCGUAUUUCGUUCAUAUUAUACAAAAGAUACAGAAUCGAGGGGAGCGCCUAAGUUGUAAUUAUUUAAUGAGAAAUAAACCGAAAAUCGAAAGUACACUAUAAA